AUGGACGUGGACGUGGACGUGGACGUGGACGUGGACGUGGACGUGGACGUGGACAUGGACGUGGACGUGGACGUGGACGUGGACGUGGACAUGGACGUGAGUGACGUGGACUUGACGUGGACGUGGACGUGGACGUGGACAUGGACGUGGACGUGGACGUGGGACGUGGACGUGGAGGACUUGGACGUGGACGUGGACGUGGACGUGGACGGACGUGGACGUGGCGUGGACGUGGACGUGGCGUGGACGUGGACGUGGACGUGGACUGAGACGUGGACGUGGAGGACGUGGACGUGGACUGGACGUGGACGUGGACGUGGACGUGACGUGGACGUGGACGUGGACGUGGACGUGGACGUGGACGUGGACGUGGACGUGGACGUGCGUGGACGUGGACGUGGACGUGGACAUGGACGUGGACGUGGACGUGGACGUGGACGUGGACGUGGACGUGGACGUGGACGUGGACGUGGACGUGGAUGGACGUGGACGUGGACGUGGACGUGGACGUGGACGUGGACGUGGACGUGGACGUGGACGUGGACGUGGACGUGGACGUGGACGUGGACGUGGACGUGGACGUGGACAUGGACGUGGACGUGGACGUGGACAUGGACGUGGACAUGGACGUGGACGUGGACGGGACGUGGACGGUGGACGUGGACGUGGACGUGGAGGACGUGGACGUGGACGUGGACGUGGGACGUGGACGUGGACGUGGACGUGGACGUGGACGUGGACGUGGACGUGGACGUGGACGUGGACGUGGACGUGGACGUGGACGUGGACGUGGACGUGGACGUGGACGUGGACGUGGACGUGGACGUGGACGUGGACGUGGACGUGGACGGACGUGGACGUGGACGUGGACGUGGACGUGGACGUGGACGGGACGUGGACGUGGACGUGGACGUGGACGUGGACGUGGACGUGGACGUGGACGUGGACGUGGACUGGACGUGGACGUGGACGUGGACGUGGAACGUGGACGUGGACAUGGACGUGGACGUGGACGUGGACGUGGACGUGGACGUGGACGUGGACGUGGACGUGGACGUGGACGUGGACGUGGACGUGGACGUGGACGUGGACGUGGACGUGGACGUGGACGUGGACGUGGACGUGGACGUGGACUGGACUGUGACGUGGACGUGGACGUGGACACGUGGACGUGGACGUGGACGUGGAACGGACGUGGACGUGGACGUGGACGUGGUGGACGUGGACGUGGACGUGGACGUGGACGUGGACGUGGACGUGGACGUGGACGUGGACGGGACAUGGACGUGGACGUGGACGUGGACGUGA